GAGUCACCUGACCAAGCUGGCAUUGAUUAUGAAUUAAGAAGAUAAACUUAAGGAAGAGGCUGAGAGGAAGCCGAUGUUUGGCUAAAGGUUAAGUAGGAUGAAAUCUGCAAUAAAGCCAAAGAGGCGCUACCAAGAAAACACAGGAUGUAGGAGCUGAACAGUGAGGCUGUGUGAUUCACAAGACAUUAACUUGUAGCCAGCUUGCUCCUUUCCAGUGCUGCAGGUUUGGCUAUCCUCCUCAUGGUCCAAGAUGGCUGAAAGGGCCCCCGUCAUCACAUUAUGGCCCGGGAUGCAGAGAACAGGUUGCUGCUUUUGCUAAGAGAGUACCCAAUGACCCUGAUGGUAUUUUCAUUCAAGAUAAAGUGUUCUAUUGCCUUUAUUGAUUAACUGAACGAAUUCAGAUUUUAAUGAUCCAGGUAAUUAUGAUUUUUCAGUUACCCAGAGUCAACCAGUCUAUAAGCAGAUGACUCUCCUUCUAACGUCAGAAGUGAUAAUUUUAGUGACCCAGAUUCAAGCAAUAAUAUCUUCAUUUUGGAAAUACCAUGUGGUUUUGUACGCUUGUGUUCUAGUGGAAGGAAGCAUGUAGAGUCCAUGAAGCACAAGGCAGUAAAGCUUCUUACUCAUACCACCAGGAGGAUCUCCUUGAAAGAUUCGCUACAGGACUACCAGAGACACAAAUUCUCUGAAGCAUGAUGUGUUGAAACAACCAAAGGCUACUGCUUACGCACUAGCUACAAACAGACUUAAGAUGUUUCCAAUUCUUUGAGCUCCGGGAAGCCAGGGGAGUGAGUUGAAAAUCUGAAAAUGCGGCCAUGGACUGGUUCCUGGCGUUGGAUUAUGCUCAUUCUUUUUGCCUGGGGGACCUUGCUGUUUUAUAUAGGUGGUCACUUGGUACGAGAUAAUGACCACCCUGAUCACUCUAGCCGAGAACUGUCCAAGAUUCUGGCAAAGCUUGAACGCUUAAAACAGCAAAAUGAAGAUUUGAGGCGAAUGGCUGAAUCUCUCCGGAUACCAGAAGGCCCCAUUGAUCAGGGACCAGCCUCAGGAAGGGUUCGUGCUUUAGAAGAGCAGCUUUUGAAGGCCAAAGAACAGAUUGAAAAUUAUAAGAAACAAACUAGAAAUGGUCUGGGGAAAGAUCAUGAAAUCCUAAGGAGGAGGAUUGAAAAUGGAGCUAAAGAGCUCUGGUUUUUUCUACAAAGUGAAUUGAAGAAAUUAAAGAAUUUAGAAGGAAAUGAACUGCAAAGUCAUGCAGAUGAAUUUCUGUCAGAUUUGGGACAUCGUGAAAGGUCUAUAAUGACGGAUCUAUACUACCUCAGUCAAACAGAUGGAGCAGGUGAUUGGCGGGAAAAAGAGGCCAAAGAUCUGACAGAACUGGUCCAACGGAGAAUAACAUAUCUUCAGAAUCCCAAGGACUGCAGCAAAGCCAAGAAGCUAGUAUGUAAUAUCAACAAAGGCUGUGGCUAUGGCUGUCAACUCCAUCAUGUGGUCUACUGCUUCAUGAUUGCAUAUGGCACUCAGCGAACACUCAUCUUGGAAUCUCAGAAUUGGCGCUAUGCUACUGGUGGAUGGGAAACUGUGUUUAGACCUGUGAGUGAGACCUGCACAGACAGAUCUGGCACCUCCACUGGACACUGGUCAGGUGAAGUAAAGGACAAAAAUGUUCAGGUGGUUGAGCUCCCCAUUGUAGACAGUCUUCAUCCUCGUCCACCAUAUUUGCCCCUGGCUGUACCAGAAGACCUUGCAGAUCGGCUUGUACGAGUCCAUGGUGAUCCUGCAGUGUGGUGGGUGUCCCAGUUUGUCAAAUACUUGAUCCGCCCACAACCUUGGCUGGAAAAGGAAAUAGAAGAGACUACUAAGAAGCUUGGCUUCAAACAUCCAGUUAUUGGAGUACACGUCAGACGUACAGACAAAGUAGGAACAGAGGCAGCCUUCCAUCCCAUUGAGGAAUACAUGGUACACGUUGAAGAACAUUUUCAGCUUCUCUCUCGCAGAAUGCAAGUGGAUAAACGAAGAGUAUAUUUGGCGACGGAUGACCCUUCUUUAUUAAAGGAGGCAAAAACAAAGUACCCCACUUACGAAUUUAUUAGUGAUAACUCUAUCUCUUGGUCAGCCGGACUACACAAUCGAUACACAGAAAAUUCGCUUCGGGGUGUGAUCCUGGAUAUACACUUUCUCUCCCAGGCAGACUUCCUAGUGUGUACUUUUUCAUCCCAGGUCUGUCGAGUCGCUUAUGAAAUCAUGCAAACACUUCAUCCUGAUGCUUCUGCAAACUUCCAUUCUUUGGAUGACAUCUACUAUUUUGGGGGCCAAAAUGCCCACAACCAGAUUGCCAUUUAUCCUCACCAACCUCGAACUGUAGAUGAAAUCCCCAUGGAACCUGGAGAUAUCAUUGGUGUGGCUGGAAAUCAUUGGGAUGGCUAUUCUAAAGGUGUCAACAGGAAACUGGGAAGGACGGGCCUAUAUCCCUCCUACAAAGUCCGAGAGAAGAUAGAAACGGUCAAGUACCCCACAUAUCCUGAGGCUGAGAAGUAAAGCUUAGAUGGAAGAGAAGGACAACUAAAUUCAGUUAAAACCAUUUGAGCCAAACAGUAGAUGAAGAAGGCCCUGACCUUACAACACAUGGUGAAAUGAGUAGACACCUUCAAGCACCAGGAGCAAUUGGGAACUGACAGAUGCUUCAUUGGUGGAAUUACUCUUUAACAAGGGCCACAAUGCCCUUAAACUCAUGCACAGUCCAAUAAUGUACUCACAUAUAACAUACAAACAGAUUGUUUUCUAUUUUGCCCCUUCUUUCAAGAUUAUGUCCCCAUGAGACAAACACUGCCACAUUGUGUAAUUUAAGUGACACAGACAUUUUGUGUGAGACUUCAAACAUGGUGCCUAUAUCUGAAAGACCUUUGUGACCUAAUGAGAAGACCCCGAAUAGCUCCCUACAUCAGGAGGUUGAUCCUUUGCCAGUGGUGCUAUUGUAACCACUGAAUUCACUCCAAUCAGCAGAUUCAGAAUGAGAAUGGAUGUUUUUGUCUGGAUUUUUUUUUUUUUUAAGUAAUUGCAUCAGUUCACCCACCUCAUCAUUAAUAAGUGAAGGAUACAUCAGAAAAUAAAAUAUUCACACUCCAUUAGGAACUUUUGUAAAACAAUGCCAUGAACAGAUCUUUAGUACUCAAUGUUUCUGGACAUUCUCUUUGAUAACAAAAAAUAAAUUUUAAAAAGAGGAA